CCCGGCCCCGGGGCCAAAGGCGCCAUUGUGGCAGCAUCUGCGCGGCCCGGGAGCGGCUGCAGCGCAGGAUUUUUCAUUCCCAAGGCGUCAGUGGAUAGAGGAGGAGGAAAUGCCCCAGAGAUCGUGCAGGCGGAGGGUCUGCAAACCCAGCCCAGGGAGCUGUAAGGAGGAAAGACCCUCCCUGUGCCGGAUAGGCGGCCGGAGAUCCAGGCGGAGCUCACAGCUGGUGGAGAAGCCUCAUGGAGGGGAGAAGCCCCACAAGUGCUUGGAAUGUGGGAAGGUUUUCAGCUACAUGUCUGACCUGAUGCGACACCAGCGGAUCCACAAUGGGGAACGGCCCUAUGAGUGUGGGAAAUGCGGAAAUGGAUUCAGAGACAGCUCAGACCUGAUCCGGCACCAGGUGAUCCACACUGGGAAAAAGCCCUGCGAGUGUGGGAAAUGUGGGAAGAGCUUCAGAGACAUCUCCCACCUGAUGCAGCACCAGGUGGUCCACACAGGGGAACGGCCCUACACCUGCUUGGAAUGUAGGAAGAGCUUUGGGUGGAGCUCUGCCCUGAGAAGACACCAGCACAUCCAUACCAGGGAGAGGCCCUACAAGUGUCCUGAGUGUGGGAAGAAGUUUAAGACCAGCUCCAAUUGCCUCAAACAUGAGCGGAUUCACACAGAGGAGAGGCCCUUCCGCUGCCCCGACUGCGGGAAGGGAUUCAACCGCAGUGACACCCUCACCAAACACCGGCGCAUCCACACUGGGGAGAGGCCCUACGAGUGUCCUGAGUGUGGGAAGAGCUUCUCACAGAGCUCAACCUUGACCAAACACCAACGGAGACACCACUAAGGGAAGCCCUUGAGUGCCCUGAGUGUGGGAAGAGCUUCGUGCUCUGCUCCAGCUCCAUCCCCCAUGGGAGGAUUGGUGUUAGAUGAUCCCCAGUGACCCCCAUUGGGCAGAGCUCUGUUGAUCCGUGACCCUGGUGAUCUGUGUUGGGAAGACACCUGCUGGGGGGGGCUCUGCAUCAUCCUGUCUCUCUGUGGGCACCUGGAUGGACGCAAGGGCAGGAAUGCCCACUGGGACACAAACGGACGUUGGGAAUCCCUUGGGGAGAGUAGAUUUGUUGACUUUCAACCCCAGGAAAUCUUCUAUAUUCAAUCCUAGCUUCUGGUGGCCUCCAGGAGUACUUAAUGGUCUUGCAGGUCUUUUUCCAUGUGGUGGUUUGUAAAGAUUUCCUGAAAUUUUUUACCUGCUGGAACCUGGGCAGUCUCCCUUGUAUCUGACAAGAACCAGUCAGUGUUGGAUUUUUAUAUUAGCACAUUUUUCAGCAAUAAGCAAGUCUAUGCCUCUUUGUGAAACACGCAUGUAAAGACAAAAAGUCUUCGGGCAAGUUCUCUUUCCCUUCCAACCACUCACAAAGUCACACCAGCCCAGGUCCCCUCCACACGGCCCAGGCCGGGCAGGGGCAGUCAGGCUCUGACUCAGAGCUCAGGAAGCUGCCGGGCCCUGUUUUCAAGCAGGGACCCCGAUAUCCAGGGAAAGGAAAGGAAAGGCCCGUUGCUGACAUCUCUGCCCCCUGGCACGGCCGCGGCUCGGCAGAACCCUGCCCUGCCCCAGCCCGGAGCGGCUCCGAACGGCCGGGCCUGCCCUGCUGCCCCUGCGGCCUGGGGGAAAAACAGCUGAGCCCCGUUCUGGCAAGGCCCCCACAGCCUUGUCUGCUGGGCAGGGUGGAGGAAGAACCCGUGGCCUGGGGCUGGAAUUGAGUGCAGCGGAUGCCGGAGAACAGCCAUGAAACCAGAAACUCAUCACCGCUUCUCUGACUAAACCCUGCAGUCCUCACCCAGCCCCCAGCAUGGCCUUGAACGACUCUUUAUUGUAAAUAACUCUGACUGCCCCACCUGGAAAAUAUCACAAAACCCUCUGCUAGUAUGGCAAGGUAUUAAUUCCUUCAAUGCCUGGAAUAAAACUUUACAGAUACUUUAUUCUCUUUUCUAAAUUAAAAAUAAAAAAUAAAAAAGUAGUAAUACACACAGAAACAAUGUAAAACCACCGAAAUCAUAGAAAAAGUUAAAUCCCAAAUAAAGAAAGAAGAAAAGUCGUGAACUGAAAUUUCUCUUUUUUAAAACUAUGGAGAAAAAACUCUUGUUUCCCUAUAAUAUAUAAAAAUAUUAUGACAUGAAUAUGAUUGUUCUCACUGUAAAUGUAAUCAAAAGCAUUAAAAUUAAAGUAAGCAAAUAUUAAAAUUGCUGUAAUCCCCUAAGUUUAAAUAAUAAAAAAACCCUGGAGUUCCCCCAAAAAAAAAGUAAAAGAAGAAAAACCUCUGUUAUCAAAAUUAAAGCAAAUUCUUGUUUAAGCUGUUAUAAUCCUUAAAGUGUGCCUCAUAAGUUAAUAUAGUCCUCACUAAAGGUUGUGAGAAAAACUCUGAAAAAAAGGGUUUUUACAUAAUAGUCAGGUUUCUAUUCUCCUGGGCAGAUAACUGUAACAUGAAAACCACAAGAAAACUGUUUCUUGUGAAGAAAUCUCCAUAGACUGAAAAAAAGUCUCCUCUUUCAAGUAUAUUAAUAAAAAACUGUUUUAAAGAUGGUAAACUGAGUUGUUUUUUGUAGGUUUUCAGUAUUAAAAAAAAAAAAAGUCUGUGGAAGAAAUCAA